CGAGUGGUUCCGAGAGUGAGCAGAGCCCGACAUAUUCUGAACAUCUUCCAAAUGUUGAGCCCGAGUCGUGAAGUGCUGCUCUUGAGGGGGGAGAGGUUGAAAGGGAGGGAGACGACGACGACAGAGGAGAAACACGCACUGUUCACACGCAUUUCCACCUCGGAGAGCAUCCCUGCAUCUCCGCAGCUCCAAGCGGCCGGUUAAAGACAGAAAAGAAUCAGCCAAGAUGUGGGCAGUCAGUGUGAUCACAUUCACGUUUCUGCUUGCAGCAGCUUUUUCUGCUCCUGUGAAGGCUCCAGUCAAUAGGGAGAACGUCACUUUGUUCCAUGGUGAAGAUUUCCACAUCAUGCUUGUGUCGCUUAAUGUGGACAUCACAUUUCACAACUGGUCUGCUCAGCGGUCACCUGACAUAUACCUGCUGCGUGGCGGGAAAGAGGUCAGCAGCAGGGCCAAACUCAACCACCAACUCACUUACCUCAUCAUAGACGCUGUGGGUGAGGGAGACGAGGGUGUGUACACGGUGAAAAAUCCAGACAAUCCAGAAGACAUCAAAAGCAUCAACCUCAUAGUACGAGAUUGCUCAAAUGAGCAGACCAUUAAAUAUGGAGACAACUACCAAAUUCCACUGUCGGGGGUGUCUCCUCCUGUCAUGCUGGAGUAUAAACCCAGUGCUGUGGAAGCAAACCUGACAUCCAGACCUGCACUAGUGCUGCUGACCACCGUAGGCACAGCCAGGGAGGGCUACCAGGAUCGUAUCAGCGUCAGCGACCGCCACAUCACCCUCAGCGCUGUCACAGGCAGCGAUGAGGGCAGCUACACUGUCAGGGAUGCCAAAGGCGAUAUCAAAGGCAAAGUGUGUCUCAAUGUAAUAGAGCACCAGAAGUUUGUGAGCCUGCCUUAUGGUAAAAGACUGAAGAUCAACCUGAUACUCAACAGCUCCCUGGUCCAACUCUACUACAUCCCAGAGAAUGACCCCACACCUCAUCUGCUGUUGGAUAAGGGAGAGUUUACAAAUGCCCAAAAGGAGUUUGGUUUUGAAGACCGCAUCUCUUUAGAUGGCUCUUUGGUUUUUCUGGAUCAGGUCAGGCCUGCGGACAAAGGCGUGUUCAGAGUUGUUGACAUACUGGGGUUCCCUGUGUCCAGCGACCACCUGGAAAUACAACCCUACAAGCUAGAGACACUGUAUGUGGCCAUCAUUGCCCUGUUGGGCCUGCUGGUUUUCCUUCUGCUGGUUUGCCUGUUGUCUUGCCUGAUCAAAGUGAAGAAGAGGGCCAAGAGGUCCGCUGCCCUGGAGAAGAUUGCCCAGAACGCUGGCAAAGAGGACGAGGGAGAGGCCUUCAGACAGGUGGUCAAAAACAUCACCAAACUCAGUGAAGAAUCCAAGCACUCCCAGGCUGACAAUACUGAGAAAUCUCAGAGCACCGAGGUGGACAUUAAAGGUCUGGAGGUGUCCUCUAAAGAGGUUGGAGUUGGUAACCUAGAGACCAGUGACUCAGGUGUCGGCUUUAACACUGCCCUCCCACUGGACACUGACACUGAUGCUGCAGAUCAAAUCCCUGAUUCUGAGGCUGUAAGCGUCUCUGCUGCUGCUGAGACCAAGCCAAGUCCACCGUCUGCUGCCACAUCCAAGCCAAGCGCUCCACCAGUGAUGGAAAUUAAGCCCUCUCCAGUAGCUGAGACUAAAGCCAGCCCAGUACCUGAGACUAAGAAAACACCAGAUCCACCUGUGGAAGUAAAGUUAGAUGUGCCCAAACCAGCAGAUGUUAAGCUUAGCCCUAGUCCUGAGCCCAAAGCUGGCCUGAGCCCAGCUGAUCCAAAGCCUGCACCAAGUCCAAGUCCGGAGGCCAAGCCAGCUGCCCCUAAAGCCCCCACCCCCACACCUGAGAGCAAGAGUGCCCUGGCUCCCACACCUGAGCCACCAAAACCAACCACACCAGAACCAAUAACCAACGGUACACCCGAGCCAGGGCCAGAUUUCAAACCAAGCCCGGAUCACGCUGAGGUUAUUGGAGGUUCAACUCCUAAAGUAGCCCCAGCUAAAACCCCAGAAGUGGAGCUGAAAUCUAAUGGGGCUGGACUAGAUGUCGAAAUCGAUGCCAGCAAAGAUGGCACCGUAGCUGUUGAUUCCACCACUACGACCACUUGAAAACUCUCCCUGCAAAAAUGCAGCCCCAUAGAUCCUCUCUAACACCACUGUAGACAAUCGAACACCCCCUACCAAAUAAUGAAGAAAUCACUGAGGUGGGGGCGAGAACUUUGAUUAAACUUGUCUAAUGCCUAAACACAAUAUUACCUACAUAAUGGUAUCACACUUGUCUAUAACUACCACUUAACAUGUAAGACUUUUAGAUUCAGAAACACUUUACAUAACAAAAUAUCAAUGCAGCUUCCUGAUUGUGAAACAUUUUAGUUGUAAUACCUCUUGCAACUCCAUUUUUAUUAGGUAACUUUACAGUUAAACUGCCAGACUGCAAAUGACAUCCUUUGCAGAGUUUACAACUAAAAUGUUAACUUCAGAUAAAGGAAUUUUCUUACAUAAUGAGAUGCCCGAAUGGUUUACAGAUUUUAUUAAAACUAAGCAAAGUCCUUAUUUGACCUGAACUAACCAUUGUUUCCUAUGUAGCAGCUUUUUGUUUUUUAGCAUGUUGAUAAAGCAAGCAAAAUGCAUGAAGUUAUCAUUCCAGUACUAUGAAGCAUUAUGUCAUCUCUAAUUUACUAAUACCUGUGAUGACAUUCUUGUGAUUGGGUAUUAUGAACAUGGAAACAAAAGGCUCUUUACAGAAAAUGAUGAAAUGUACAAUAUACUAAAAUACAUCACAGUUUUGAUUUACUUUAAAAACACAUGGAAACUUGUAAUACAUUAACAGUGUCGUGACAUUGAGACUCAGACUGGUCCCUCAAGUCUGUAUGGAUUUCCCAGUGGAUCUAUAGAAAAUCUGCUAUUCUUAAAAAAUCUGAAACCUGUGCCAAUAGAAACUUAACAGAUCCACUAUGUUUCUACUGCUUGUUGGGCUUUCCAAAGUUAAAGUAUUUGUAGAGUGUGUGGUAAAUUUAAAUAGGUAGAACUUUUGUUUGACUGAUUUGUUGUUUGUUGGUUAUAUUCUCUUCUUUCUCAACUGCUUCAUUUCCCCUGUUCAAGCUCAGACCUUCUUGACCUGCUCAUUUCUCCUUGACUUUCCUCUUCGUUGCCUUCUUAUUUCCUUGCUUUGUUUAGCUGGGCAUCAUUUAAACAUACAAUCUUAUAGAUAAACAAUAAUUAAACAUGACUCUGGCCAGUUAUGUCCUGUCUCUUCAGACAUGUACUCUAAAAUUUGUGGAAAAAUUUCAGCAUUUAUGCUGACCAUAUUAGAUCACACCACCAUGAUCCUCUGAGGCCUUAAUUAACGAUCCAUCAUUUGUCCACAAUUUUAAGAUAUGCGGACAUUCAUUCAACAAAAUGUAAGAUUUGAGUUCUUUUAUAACACAGAUAAUAGGUGUGGCAUUCUGCAUGUCUCUACCUCAUGCUUUAACUGGCCACUGGUAAACCACUCACAGUCCAUUUAAUGCACUGAGGUCAACAAAAAGCAUUUGAGAUUUUUUUAGGGAAGCACAAAGUAACAGCCAUGAAAUGUAUUCACAUGAUCAGUGAAAUGUAGAAAAACAGUAGGAAGCAAAAUUCAAUCGACAACCACCAGGCCUUGACAGCUUUCUUAACUAAUACUGUCUUACAUGUAAAUUAAUAUCAGAUGAUAGAUCAGUGUCCUAAAAAGCCAUAUGACAAGAUAGGUUUAGAUGUCAGAUUUAAUACUAAUAGCAAUUAAUAUAACAUACAGCAAAACUUACAAAAAAAUAAUAACAUAAAUCGAUGUGCCUCAGUGUGUAGUGAACAGAAUCAGAUGGUCAAAUCACACGUAUUAAACAUAAACAAAGGCAUAUGAUUAGUGAUCUUUGACUUGAUAAACAACAAUUUGUGUCUCAUUUACAGCCUGGAUUUGUGAAGGAUCUACAAACCCUGUUUCGAAACACUAAAAAGAGUCUUUUUACACACAACACAUACACACACACACACACACACACACACACACAUAUAUAUAUAUAUAAAAUUACAGAUAGACACAUAUCCACUCCAGCCUUGUAAAUAUUGCAUGUGUAUGCCCGUUUAACCCCCUUAAGGCUGAAUGUUUUAGUAUAUAGAAUGGUUGUUGUACUAUAUCUAAUAAUAAAAAUGAAGACUAAUUAAAAUUUCUCACAACCUUAAGUAUGAAAUAUAAACACAUAAUAUACAAUAUACUGUACACUAAUAUUAACUAACUUCUUGAACUAAUUUGAGAACCACAUAUUGUAAAAAUGAUCAAGAAGUGUUUUUAGAUCAAUUAUCUGCUAUCCUUAUUAUUCCAACCUGAUGAUACUCACAGCAUAACUCUUACAGUAUUUACAUGUUGUAUUAAAAUGUACUUCACUUAAAACGCCGCAUGCCCCCACCAAGUCCUGAAAAACAAGCUCUUAUUGUCCUCAAGUUGUGUCUGUGUCCGUCACCAGACGAGUGGUGUUUAGAUGUUGCCAUUAUCAUGUGUUGGGAAUUUGUGUGAUUAAUGUGUACGCCUAAGAUGCACAUAUGAGUGUGACUGUUGUUUGACCAACUGUGUGUUUGUGCUAAAUCUAUGCAUUGGCAGUUUGUACAGAAUGAGACUAUUGUACCGUUAGUGUGCAUCUCCAUUUGUUGUGAGUAAGGUAUCCAUGUGCCUGCUUAAAUCAUCUUGCAGUGUGAAGAAAACAAGUGCUGUGUUCAAGUCAUGAGUGUGAAUGUGUUCAAACCACUGAAAUUGUAAAGGAUAUUGUAACUCUGAGAUAUUUGAAUUAUUAUUGUCUUUGUUUUAGUGCCUCAAACAUAUAUUAGAUAGUGAGCCUGUAUUCUGUCAGUAGCUGACACCCCUUAAUGGCACCUUUUUUCUUAUUAAGUAUGGUAUUCACUGAUCCUGGAUGCAGUUUGCACACCUGAAUGAACAAAGCGAUGGCAUUUACUGGCCUAAGAUGAGUAAUUUGAUGGAGAUACGUGACAUGUAUGAAAAUGAUGUGGUGGUGAAAGCUGGACUUUUCAGAUGAUGACUACAGUAUGGUGAGUGUGCUGUGGUUGUGAGUGAGGGUGUUUUCCAUUUUGCUAAACAAGUCAAAGGCACAUUUUGAAUUCCUCAUAGCAGUAGACGAUCGACAAAGCUUUGUCAAGGUAACCUCAAGGGUUGCCUUAUGAUAAGCAAUUGAUUAGGGACUGCUAAAACAGCAUUUUCAUUAACCUCCACUACGCAGUCAGUGAUUGUAAAGUUAACCCACUCAGAGUAAGUAGUGAUAAGAGAGAGGCAGAUGAUGUUUUAGUGAACAGGAAGAGCCUUUGGUUUACAUAUUACCAGCAUCUCAAAGGACAAAGGAGAGUGACUGAAGUGGUGCUGGAGUUGUUACAUCUUGGUGCCAGAGAGAUUAUGCUUUCACACCUCUGAUAACCCACUAAUUGAAACCACUACUGUUAUUAAACGUGGCACUCCUUACACAGUGUGCAUUGUCUCUGCCCUGAUCCUCUCUGUUUACUUCUGGCCUGGGUGUGGUGUGAUGUUCCACAUCUUUUCUCUGUACUCUCUUUUUGCACAACACUUAAUGCAGAUGUUUUGUAAAGAAAUUGUUUUUUCUCUUUAUUUCAUGUCUAUAGGAAUACUAAGAAUAAACAAAAGAUUAUGACA